AAUCAAGGGUCUGCGUGAACAAAGGCUGCCUUGGUAUUGUUCCUUUCAUCACGUCUCUUCUUCAUCGCAAAAUAGAGUAUUCCCUGUUUUCGUUUUUUUUUUGCUGCAUAUAGAGUGCAGAAGAGCGAGACGGUAAAGGAAAAAGCAACGGAAAAGGAAAGGCAAGAGCAAGGCAGCGAGGCUUGAAGGGUUUAUUUGUUUAUUCCACCACGACGACGCAUUUGCGUUUGGUAGGGAGGUGUCGCCGGUUCAUCAAGACUUGGACGGGAGAGAAGAGGAUAACCACCACCACCACCAGAAUAAUAACCAGGCUCCCAGCCUUCCCACCCACCAUGUCCACCACCACCGCCCCCAAGUCUCACUUCGAGACCCUCCUCCAAUUCGACGCCGACUACGCCCCCACCCGCCUCACGCAGUACAAGUCCACGCGCACCGGCAUGCAAGUCGUAGUCGUGGACCGCAAAGGCCCAAAAGUCCAAGGUUACUUCACCCUCGCCACCGAGAUCUUCGACGACUCCGGCGCGCCGCACACGCUUGAGCAUCUCGUCUUCAUGGGGUCGAAGAGCUAUAAGUAUAAGGGCGUGCUGGAUUUACUUGCUAAUCGCGCGUAUUCUAAUACGAAUGCUUGGACGGCGACGGAUCAUACGGCUUAUACGCUUGAUACGGCGGGGUGGGAGGGGUUUGCGCAGAUCUUGCCGGUGUACUUGGAGCAUGUUAUUGUGCCUACGUUGACGGAUGAGGGGUGUUACACGGAAGUUCACCAUGUUGACGGCGAUGGGAAUGAUGCGGGAGUUGUGUACUCCGAGAUGCAAGGUGUGCAAAACAACGGCCCUGAACUUAUGGAUCUCGCCGCGCGCCGCGCGCUGUACCCGGAGGGCGUGGGUUUCCGCUACGAGACGGGCGGGAUGAUGGAGCAGCUGCGUGUGCUGACUGCGGAGCGGAUCCGGGAGUUUCAUCGGGAGAUGUACCAGCCUAAGAAUUUGUGUCUGGUUAUCGUGGGGGAGGUGGAGCAUGAGAAUAUGUUGGAGAUUCUGGAUGCGUUUGAGGAGAGCAUCCUGGGGGAUAUUCCCAAGCCCGACGCCCCCUUCCGCAGGCCCUGGAUGGAGUCCCCGCAGACGCCUGAGCUGAAGGAGACGGUGCUGCAGACGGUGGAGUUUCCGGAGGAGGAUGAGUCGGCGGGUGAUAUUCUUGUUGGUUUCCUCGGUCCGGAUUGCAAUGAUGUCAUCCAGACCGGCGCGCUGAACGUGCUCCUCACCUACCUCUCCGGCUCGUCCAUCUCGAUCCUAGAGAACACGAUGGUUGAGCGCGAGGAGCUCGCCAGCUCCAUCAGCACAUGGUGGGACGCGCGACCAAACUCCGUCAUCUGGCUGCAGCCUACGAGCGUGGCGACCGAGAAGCUCGCAGCGGUCGAGAAGAGGCUGUUCGAGGUGCUGAGGGAGGUCGCGGACAAGCCGCUCGACAUGAAGUACAUGGUCGCCUGCGUGCGUCGCGAGCGUCGCCAGGUCAUGUUCCAGGCGGAGAGCAACGCGGAGUUCUUCUCCACGAACGUGAUUAACGAUUUCCUGUUCGGGAAGCGCGAUGGCUCUACGCUGAGGGACCUGGCGUCGAUCAGGGAGUAUGAUGUCCUGGAGAAGUGGACGGAUGACGAGUGGCGCGCGUUCUUGAGACGGUGGAUCUCGGAUGCGAAGCAUGUCUCGAUCUUGGGGAAGCCGUCGAAGGCUAUGUCGGAUAAGCUUAAGGCAGAGGAGAUUACGAGGGUGGCGGCGCAGAAGGAUGUGCUUGGGGUGGAUGGGCUGAAGGCGCUGGCGAAGAAAUUGGAGGAUGCGAAGGCGAAGAAUGAUGCGCCUAUUCCGCAGGCGAUUCUGGAGCAGUGGCCGGUGCCGGGGGUGAGCUCGAUUCACUUUAUUGAGACGGAGACGGCGAGGGCGGGGCCGGCGAGGAGCUUGGGGGUUAAGGAUGUUGGUGCGCAGAAGGUCAUUGAUAAGGCGAAGGACGCUUCGCUGUUUUUGCAGUUCGAGCAUGUUCCGUCGAACUUUGUCUUGGUUAGUGUGCUACUUGGGACGACGGGGAUUCCGGUUGAGCUGCGUCCUCUGCUGCCACUCUUCAUUGAUAACUUCUUCAACACCCCCGUCAUGCAGAAUGGGGAGAAGAUUCCUUUCGAGGCUGUCGUGACCGAUCUCGAGAAAGACACGAUCAGCUACGCCAUCGGCGGUGGUUCGCGCCUCGGGCACAGCGAAGGCGUCGGAAUCGUCUUCGAAGUCGAGAAGGACAAGUACGAGAAGACAAUCCACUGGAUCCGCACCAUGAUGUUUGACGCCGUCUUCGACGUCACGCGCCUCCGCGCCGCUCUAACCAAGAUCCUCGCUGAUAUCCCCGAGGCCAAGCGCAGCGGAAACAGCAUGGCAUACGCUGUUGACGCUAUGAUCCACCUCGAUUCCAAAUCGACCGUCAAGGCGCGAAAUACCCUCGUCAAAGCUGUCUACCUGAAGCGCAUCCGAAAGCUUCUCACUACCGACCCUGAUGCUGUGAUCGCAAAGCUCGAAACACUCCGCAAGAGCCUCUUUACCUUCUCUAACGUCCGCGUCCUCGUCGUUACGGACGUUAACAAACUCCCCAACCCCACCGCGCCCUGGUCUCACCUCAGCGACGCCCUCGGCGCCCCAACCGACCUCCUCCCAAUCGAGAUGCAGCACCAGCGCCUCAGCCCUGCCGGCCUCUCCCCAGGCUCCCUAGGCACAGUCGUCGUCCCCAUGCCCACCAUCGACUCCUCCUUCGCCAUCAGCUCCGCCCCCGGCCCAACCUCCUACACCGACCCGCGUAUCCCCGCCCUCCUCGUCGCAGUCGCCUACCUCGACGCCGUAGAAGGCCCUCUCUGGCGCGCAGUCCGCGGCACCGGUCUCGCGUACGGCACGAGCUUCAGCCGCGACGUCGACGGGGGGUUCAUGCAAUUCCGCGUCUACCGAUCGCCUGAUGCGCAUAAAGCGUUCGCGCGCAGUCGCGAGGUCGUUGCGGCGUUUGCGAGCGGGAAGGAGCCGUUGGAGAGGAGCUUGUUGGAGGGGGCGGUGAGUGCGAUUGUGGUUAGUCUGGCGGAUGAGCAGGCGACGAUGGGGAUGGCGGCGCAGAUGAACUUUGUGAAUGGGGUGGUGAGGGGGGUAGCGGAGGGGUAUAAUGAGGAGUUGUUGAGGAAGGUGAGGGAGGUGGGGGAGGCGGAGGUGAGGAAGGCGAUGGGGGAGGUGCUGGUUAGGUGCUUUGAGCCGGGGAGGGCGAAUGUGGUGGUUACUUGUGCGCCGGUUGUGGCGGAGGCUAUUGUUAAGGGGUUUGAGGCCGAUGGGUUUAAGACCGAGGUUCGUGCUCUGGGGGAUUUCAAGGACGACUAUGGACUUGUGGGGGAUGAGGACGAGAGGGAGGAGGAUGAAGAUGAAGAUGGGGAGAGCGGAAGUGAGAGUGGUAGCGGUGAGGAGAGCGAGUAAAUCGGGGGUAUGGCCUAUGUAGCAUGUGUACAUGAAGGUAUUACACAAGGGUAGGCUCUAGAAAAUGAUAGGCGUUCAGUUCAUGAAAAGGGGGUGCACGUGACGUUUGAGAGUGAGAGGUGAUGCUCGAUCGAAGGUGGGUAUUAUAUUGCUAAGUAGGCUUGUUACAACGGGAAUGGCG